AUGGAUGUUAUGAGUGCAACAAAUGAUUUAUUGCCAUUAUUACCAGGCAAGUUUUCCUCCUCCCAAAAAUAUUGUCUUUUCUUAUCUGGCAGUCAAUCCGUUGUCGGAAAAGUACACAUAAUAUAUCUCGUCAACGCAAAUAUUUGAAAAAUCUGAACAACACUCGAGUUGAGAAAUGAAAAAAUAAUAAAAUAAUAGGAAAAAUGUGGCACCCACGCAACAAUUGGUCAGCUGUUUUCAACAAAAACAUUUGGGUCAACGCUGUUUUUUUUAACAUUUGGAAACAAUAAAAUAGAAAUGAGUUUCUGAAGUUUGUUAAAAAUAACGUUAAUUUUUUUAAAACUCUAAUUUCGCAUUUAAAACAAUACAUUUUUUGGAAAAACCGUUCCCACAAAAAAUCGUUACAAGUUUUAUUUCAAACGUUUUCAGAAGUUCAAGAUGCUUUAAGUGAUGAAUUUGAUGGUGUUGAAUGUAGUAUGAAUGGAGGAGUUGUUCUAACUCAACAUCCAUUUCAAAUGCCAUUUACACAUCUUGGAAGACAAGUUACAUUUGUACCUGAUACUUCUUGUUUGGAAGAAUUUGAUGGAGCAAAAUUACAUCGAAUACAAUUAGGAUCUGUUAGUUUUCCUUUUUAAAAACUGGGUAAUAUUUUCUAUUUUCAGAAAUCUGCUGUUUUCACUGAUGGCGAACCAGGUUGCUGUUUAGAAUUGGUUCUUGGUGCUGGAAAAGAUUGGAAAACUCCAUUGACAAAGUUGUUCACUCGAGUUUAUCCAAACAAAUGGGCAUUUUUUAUUGCUGAAUUGGAGCAGGUUUGUUUAUUAUUGAAGAAUUACUGUAGAUUUUUUUGAAACUACUGAGAAUCUGAAUUUGUUUGAUAUUAAUUUCAUAUUUUUUAGGGUCAAGCUUCGUAUCAUAUUUUAUCAUCAUCACAUGGUUUAAUAAGUUCACAUAAAAGAGAAGAUACACCUGAUUCAACUGAACAAUCAUCAAUGGUUUCUUCUCCAACUGCAUCUGUAUCAGAUGCUUCUAAUUUUUCACUGUGGAUUGUUCCAGUCACAAAAAUCUUUGCAAUUCCGGCACCGAAAAAAGUGAAAGUUGUUCGAAAAAUCAUCAAAAAACGAACACCAAGUGGAGAUAUGACUGAAGUAACAGAAGUAACAACAAAUGGAACUGGAGAAAAGAAAUUGGUCCGAGUUGUCAAGAAAAAAGCACCGGAAAAAGAAAAAGAAAUAUCACCAAUAAAUGAUAUUCCAAAAGCUGAAUUUGCAAAAGUUUCAUCGAGUGAAUCAAUGAAAACUAUUAUAAAUGGAACAUUAUCAAAAUCAUCAUCUGAAAUAUCAGCUGGACCAUCUUCAAAUGAUAUUACAAAUAAUAACAAUAUUCUACCAAGAGCUGAUAGUAGUAGUUGUUCAGAUAGUUCUGCAUCAGAACUUCGAAAAAAAUUGACUGAAAAAAUAAUCGAACAAAAAUUUGUUGUGAAUGGAGAACAAAGAAAUGUGACUACAAAUGGAACAAAUUUGAAUGGAUCAAGACUUGGAAUGAGAACAUCGAGUAGAAGUAGUAUGACACCUGAUAGAAGAUUAGAUCCUAUUUUUGAAGAUGUUCCUAAAAAUACUAUUACAACUGUUCGAACACCAGAAAUUACAAGAGAUUCUGCAACUCCACCGGUUUGUCAUUUACAUAUAUAUUGUUAUUAUUUGUUUUUUUUUCAGAAACGUGCUCAACAAUGUCGUAUAACUCAUCCUUCAAUUCCUUCAAUUCCAGUCGUUGCUCUUCAACUUGUUCUUCAAAAUUGUUUUUCUUAUGAACAUUUGGGACGUUUAAGAGAAGUUCAUCCACAUUGGGAUGAAAUUUGUGGACAAUUAUUGAAUAGUGGAUAUUAUAAAUUAUUAGAAAGGUACGUUUUCGAACUUUAGUCUAGUCAAAAAUGCAAAAUCUGUUUUCGUUUUUGUUAGCACACAUUAUAAUGUUUUGUGUAAGACAUCCGAUACUUUAUUGCCGCUAAAGAAUUUUUGAAGAGAAAAAUGAAAAAGUACAACGAUUUUUGAAAGGGAAUAGAAAUAGAAAAAAAAGAAGAAGACGAAUAAAUUAUAUUUCAGAUCUGACAAACUUUUGAUGGCACUUCAAAGAAAAGUGGUUGUUGAAUCUGCUUUACAUUAUGCAACAAGUGUUUUGACCAAUAUUCAAGUUCAUAUUUUGAACCCAGUUGAUAUUAUGAGAGCUGUUCUUGAUGAAGGUAAUAUUUUAAAAGUAAACGAUCUCAAAAUUUGGAGCACAUUUUAAUAGUAAAUAUUCAACAAACUCUAGACUUUUCAGAAAAAUAUUUCGGAGGUUUGUCUGUUUAAAAAAUGCUUCAAUCUUUGAGAUAGGCUUCAUUUGCCUUCUCACCGCCCAUUAAAAAUUAGAUAAAUCAAAUUUGAUAUAUCUAUUUAUAUGUAUACAUAUAUUGUUCAGGUGUUUGCUGUUUUCCAUAUGGUAUUAUUCUUGAUAAAACGUUCAUUUUAUUGGAUCGAGUUGAAGCAAUGUUAAAUGGUUGUUAUGAAGAAACUGUUAAUUGGGAACCAAUUGCUAUUUAUUCAAAAAGAGCAGCAAUGCAUUAUAGAAAUUCCCUCGAACGAAUUAUGGAAGAAAGGUUUGUCAACUUCGGUUUUUAUUCCAAAUACAAAUAUUUUUAUUUUUCAGAAUGGGUGAAAAUCUUCGACUUAAAGCAGCUCAACGAAUUAUUAGAUUAGAAUCAUUUGUUGUAGAUGCACAAGUUGCAAAAUUAGAAAAAGAAUCAUCGAAGGUUUGAUCCAUAAUGUAUAUUCAUUUUUGAAAAUUUCCUUGUUUCAGCAAAAAGAUGAUAUUCGUUGGGAAAUGGAUCAAUUGCAUCAGAAAAACUCAGCACUUAAAAGAGAAAAUCGAGAAAUGAAAGCAGCUCAAAUGAGACUUGAAGCUCGAGUUGAAAGCCUUGAAAAUAAAUUCAAAACAUUGGCAAGACUUUUGAGUUAA